AUGAUACAUCCUUCACCAAAUCAUAACGGCUUGUGUGCUGAGUCAAUUUUAUGCUCUGCGCCAGAGCUACGAGAGCAUCAGUUAGAAUGGAAUCAAUACUUCUUUGAUGAGCCAUCUACUCCAAUUUGGGAAGGCCCUCUAUCAUCCACAUACUUUGCAGUUGCUCUGCCGCGAACACGAUCAUUAAGACCACUUCCGGUUAUCGUGGCGUCGCAUCUCCAAUUCGCCAUUGACGUUCUCAAAACCGCGCCUCGGAUGAUGGUAAUAGAGAAUCGAACACCAUGGUGUCAUCCACAACUAUAUAAGAACCAUAUGCCACAGGACAUGCAAGAUGCCUACGCCUGCUGCUCUCUAUACAUGUGCAAGAACGACAUAAACGCCCCGGUAAUAAUGAAUCUCUUCGACGCACGCACAAGAGAACUCCUCUCAGCACCCGAGCCAACCUCAGCCCUGGACAUCCUCGCUCGCACCCAAGCCCUAAUCCUCUACCAAAUAAUGCGACUCUUCGACGGAGAUAUCCGCUCCCAUGCAACAGCCGAUGCCCUUUUUACGACCCUCGAGUCAUCAGUCCUGGCACUAAUGGCGAUAGUGCCAACGCCCAAGCCCUCCGAUCCGACCGAACUUCUCCCACUAUCAAUAGAAGACGCCGCGACUUUCUGGGAGGAGUGGGUUUUGCAAGAAUCGGCGCGGCGGACGGUGCUGUUUACAUACUACUUUGUGCAAAUCUAUAAAGUCCUUCAGGGAAAAGUGCCCGUGUCAUGCGAUGGCACACUGGGUCUGGAGCAUUCUUGGUACCUCUCGGGCGAAUUGUGGAAUGCCUCUAAUGCUUUUGAUUUCGCGGUCGCUUGGACGGAAAAACAGCACCAUAUUGUUUACAAUCUUGAUUUUGGGCUGGUAUUGCAGAAUGCAUUGCCGAGUGAGGUGGAUUUGUUUGGGAGGAUGCUGUUGGUCACAAUUUUGGGGAUCGAUAAGGCCAAGGCGUGGUUCCAUAUUAGAGGUGCCAUAUUAUAA